UAUACAUCAUGUAGUGUUUUUAUAUUCUAUGGUCAUUUUAGGCGCCACAGAACACGCUACGAGCAAUGGUUAUAUGAGCGGUGUUCCUACUCCCACUUUUUUGCGUGCAAGCACGCAAAUUUUGGAGCCAGAAAAUUCAUUAGCGUGCAUAACGUGUUUCUAGCGUGAGCUUAGUUCGAUACACUUUUUGUGUGAAUAUUCACAGCGACUUUUUAAAUUAAGACCGCUGAUACCGAUCUAUCAUCAUGACGAUCGGUAAAAAUAAUAAGAUGCUUCAGCACAUCAAUUACAGAGUCCGGAUAAUUCUUCAAGAUUCCCGGACAUUUAUAGGCACGUUUAAGGCCUUUGAUAAGCAUAUGAACCUUAUUCUGGGUGAUUGCGAAGAGUUUCGUAAAAUCAAGCCAAAGAAUACAAAGCAACCUGAACGGGAACAGAAACGUUCACUUGGUUUUGUGUUAUUGAGAGGAGAAAAUAUUGUCUCACUAACUGUGGAAGGACCACCACCUCCUGAAGAAGGCUUGCCACGUGUUCCAAUUCCUGGAGCUGCUCCAGGACCAGGCAUGGGAAGAGCAGCAGGUCGAGGAAUGCCCGCAAAUGUUGCAGGAGUCCCUGCAGGACUACAAGGACCUGUGCGUGGUGUUGGAGGACCUUCUCAACAAAUAAUGACUCCAGGAGGAAGAGGACAAGUAUCUGCACCUCCACAAAUGCAUCCUGGUGGACCUCCACGAAUGCCUGUUGGUGGUCCACCUCCAGGAAUGAUGGGACCACCUCCUGGAAUGAUGGGUAUGCCUCCAGGAAUGCCUCCCAUGGGACGGGGAGGACCUCCUAUGGGACCUCCAGGAAUGCGUGGACCACCACCUGGUAUGAUGCGCGGUGGUCCUCCUCCGCCACGACCUUUCUAAUUACUCAAUAAGCCUUUAAUUUAGAUGAAAAAAAGAAAAACGUGUCAUGCUACUCGUGAAUAAAGUACCAAUAAAAUUAAAUUCAAAUAAAUUACUAUUUCAAGAGCAA